GAAGAACAACGCAGAUUCCCGAGCGUGCAGAGAACGCCGCAUCUAAUGUUUCGAUCAAGCCCCUCUACCUUUUUCGGAUUGUCGUGAUGCCAGACUCCGACAAUGAAGAUGUCUACCCGGACACGAAACCCUCGAAAUUCCGAUUAAAGUCUAAACCAGGGUCAAGGAAAAGACGACAUAAUAGCGACAUAGAAGACGAAAGAGACGGCCGAUUUAGGAGGAGACAUCGAUCCCGCGAUCGCCACAGCUCGAGGCGCUCUCACAAGCACUCACGACGGGAACGAGAACACAGGUCUGGUCGCACUGUCUAUGAUCGCACCUUUGAGCGUAACGGAGUAUACGAGGAUCCAGAUUACCGCCACCGGGAGUCCUUGUAUGACAAUGUUGGCAACAGUAAUCCUGGAUAUUCAGGAGACGGCCCUAUAGACUCUGAUCAAGCGUUUCGGGAGUCAUUGUUUGAUGCGCUUGCGGACGACGAAGGGGCGGCGUACUGGGAAGGUGUUUAUGGACAGCCAAUACAUGUGUACUCGGACGCCAGACAAGGUCCAGAUGGCGAGCUCGAGAGGAUGAACGAUGAGGAAUAUGCCGACCACGUGCGGACAAAGAUGUGGGAGAAAACCCACCAGCACAUCAUCGAGGAACGGGCCGCCAGGGAACGAGAGCGGUCAAAACAGAAGGAAAGAAGGCGGCAACUCGAAGAGGAGGCAGAGCAGGAGGAGGCCGAGAGGGAGAAGGUUCGUCGGCAAAUGAAAGAAAGUCUCAAGCGUGGAGAGGAACGAAAACGCGCUCGUGAGGCCGAAGCAGCAUGGGGGACCUACACGAAGAAAUGGGAUCACCUAAAGAGCAACCCAGAUGUGGAAGCUCUUCUGAAAGACACCAAGCUUAACGAUCUCAUACCAUGGCCUGUUGUCUCUGGAAGACUCAAGCAUGUAUCGAAAGACGAAGUGGAGUAUUUCUUCGAAAAGUCGCCUGCUUGGAAUGAAGAUGCUGCUGCUUUACUCAAAAUUGAACGGGUGAGAUGGCACCCCGACAAAAUGCAGCAACGAUUCGGCCAGCACAUCGAUCAAGAGCUCAUGAAACCGGUCACGGCCGUUUUCCAAGUUAUUGACCACCUCUGGAACCAACGAAGACGAUGACCACGCCCGCGAGAGAACCUCGACAAACAACUUCAGCGAUAACUUUAUGACGUUCCUACUCAGGAAAGCGAGAUACCCCUAUAGAUUUUUUACUUUCAUUUCUCCCAUACAAUAAUCAGUUGAUAAUAGGAUUCUGCACAUGGACCAUGCGCUGUUGCUUUCGGAUUUUCUGUGACCUGGUAGCUGUGAUGAAUAUUUUGGUUUGUACUGGUCCAGC